UAUUUUAUUUCGAAGGUAGUUUUGAAACAUGGUUCCGCCAAAAUGGAACUCUUCAAAAUGAGGGGAUUCCAUUACAGGUACCUCUGUACUAUCACCUAUGGUCCUCAUGCUCCACCAUCGCGCAAUCCUCCCCACCUUUCUCUCCUAGCCGAUCAAUGCACUUCACUGCACCAACUCAAGCAAAUCCAUGCUCAAAUGAUCAUCAGGGCUCGUAUCGAAGACAAUUAUGCCGCAAGCCGCUUAGUGUCCUUCUGUGCUCUCUCAGAAUCAGGCAGCCUUCCUUAUGCCUUAAGACUUUUCGACAGUAUCAACGAACCCAAUUCAUUCAUGUGGAACACUCUCAUAAGAGCUCAAGCUGGUAGCUCAAAUCCCCGACAAGCCUUGCUUCUUUAUGUAAAGAUGCGAAGACUUUGCGUUGCUCCCGGUAAACAUACAUUCCCUUUUGUACUGAAAGCUUGUUCCAACUUGAUGUGUAUUUAUGUUAGUAGACAAGUGCAUUCUCAUGCUAUCAAAUUUGGGUUAGAUUUAGAUUUGCAUGUUGUUAAUGGUUUGAUCAGGGCAUACUCUGUUUCUCGUGCAUCAAAGGAUGCGCGACAAGUGUUUGAUGAAGUUCCCGAGAGAAAUUUGAGUAUUUGGACGACGAUGAUUUGCGGCUUUGCUCAGAAUGAUAGGUAUGGUGACUCUAUUCAGUUGUUUGAGCAUAUGCUGGAGGAUGGAAUGGCGCCCAAUGGAGCUACCUUGGCUUCUGUGUUGUCAGCUUGUGCCCAGUCAGGUAGUUUGCAAUUAGGAGAACAGAUUCACGCAUAUAUGGAAGAAAACGGGAUAGAAUUAGGAGUGAUUCUUGGAACGGCAUUAGUGAACAUGUAUGCGAAGAAUGGUGCCAUAGUAGAAGCAAAGAAGUGUUUUAGUGGUAUGAGAGAAAGGAACAUUGCCACUUGGAAUGCAAUGAUCUGCGGUUUAGCUGUCCAUGGACAUGCAAAAGAAGCAAUUAACUUCUUUAAGGAGCUAGAACAACAAAAAGUGAAGCCAAAUGAGAUUACAUUAGUUGGGGUUCUGUCGGCAUGCUGCCAUGCUGGAUUGUUUGACCAUGGUGAAGGAAUAUUUCACUCCAUAAAAGAGCUGUACCGUAUAGAGCCCAAGAUUGAGCAUUACGGAUGCAUGGUUGACAUUCUUGGGCGUAAUGGUAAACUGCUAGAAGCUGAGCAACUCAUCAGAGGAAUGAUUUGGAAGGCGGAUGUGGUUAUCUGGGGAUCCUUAUUACAUGCAUGUCAGAACCAUGGAAACAUAGAUAUUGCAGAACGAGUUGUGAAAGAAAUUCUGCUUUUGAAUCCAAAUAGUCAUGGAGUUUAUGUUGUCUUAUCUAAUAUGUAUGCAGAGGCUGAAAGAUGGGAGGAUGUGGUGAAACUAAGGAAGCAGAUGAAGGAAGGAAGCUUAAAGAAAACGCCCGGUUGGAGUCUUGUGAAUGCCACUAUAUGAUUUUGCUCAGUAUUUGUAAAAUCUUUUUCAUCAACCAUCACUAGGAAGAUUUUGAAUCUUUUUGUGAUCAAUGACUCUUUAGUCUCUAACUAUAUAUUUGAAGGAGAUCACACUUCCAAAUUUCUCGACUA